AUGCCUCCGAUCCGCAGCGCGCGAACCCGCAAGGCACCCCCAGACGGCUUCGACGAUAUCGAAGAUACCCUCCUUGAAUUCAGCAAUAAGAUGAAAGAUGCCGAAAACGCCUCUCACGAAGGCAAGAAGAGACACGAGGUAUUAUGGCCUAUAUUCCAAAUCAGCCAUCAACGGUCUCGGUAUAUAUACGACUUGUACUAUGAGAAAGAAGCGAUAUCGAAAAAGCUAUAUGACUGGUUACUCAAGAACGGCUACGCGGACGCGAACCUGAUAGCUAAAUGGAAGAAACAGGGCUAUGAAAAGACCAAGGAAACCAACUUUAACGCUACUUGUAUAUGUCGUGUUCCCAAGGCGCAGCUGAAAGAGGACCAGGGGAUACAGUGUGUGAGCUGCGGGUGUCGCGGGUGCAGUAGUAGUGAUUGA